UUCGAGAAUGAAGGGUUUCCCAACCAAGUUCGCUAUAUAAAAUACUUCUAGAUGAGUUAACUCUCAACCCUGUUAUUAUUCUGGCUGCUUCUAUUUGCACUUUUUCAAGCAAUUCAGAGUUUUCUUUGGUACAGUUUCCCCACACAACAUCACCAUAUUCCAGUAUAGGUCUGAUAAAAGCCAUGUAAACAAAAUCACAAUAUGUAUCAAUGAGCACAAGUAGUAAGACCAAAGAAAUUGAGAAAUCAAAGGCAGCUGACAGCAAGGGAGAGACAAAAGGAGCUGUGACAAAAGUGGAACAGGAACCCAGUGAGAUAGAUUUGUACAGGGAGAAGUACAUUCCUAUCACCAGACGGACCCUGAUCCGGAGGAUCAUUGAGGAGAGGGACCUCCUGACCCCUCUUGAGCAGCGCAAGUUUGACGAGUUUGCUGUGGCCCUGGACUCGGCCAUCGUUCAGGAAUACCAUGGUGUCCUCAAUGAUCUCAAGACCCUAUUUGACCCAGUUAAUCCAGAUAAAGACACCUUGCCAUCUCAAAGGUUUUCCAGAACUGAAAGGCUGGACAAUGAAUUUUGGCUCCUACAGAAGCUUGAAGAUGUUAUGGAGAAGGCCAAUUUUUACAAGCUCUCAGAUGACACAGUGCAUAAAGCUCUACGAGAGCACACAACUCAAGGCAUCAGGGUGAAAGUAGACAAAAACGACUACAAUAUCUUAAGCAUGUGGAUCCUGGGGAAGGAAGAAGUAGAUGUUAGUCUGCCCUGGUACCAAACUUUGUUCUCCAAGAAAAAAAGUCAACCAAAGUCAGUACCCAAACCAGACUACCUCAAAAGAGUGGUGGUCAUCUGUCGACUCAAGGGGGACCCCAAAAUCAUGCUCAAGUGUUUCAAGGAGAUCCCUGCCAAGUCUCUAGAGAUGCUCCUCCCUUCAGGGCGGACAGGCAUGACUGUGAGGAACAAACUUUUAUUGGCCGGGUCCACUGCUGCUGGGGUCUUCACCAUUGUGGGAGAGGUCACGUUAUUCCUAGCCUAUAGUAAAUUAUAUUUCAUGAAUCUUGUGCUCCCGACUGUGUUAACUUCACUACUCACAGGAACUGCAGUGCUAUUUAACUACACCAGCAAAAGCAAGAAGUACUUAGAGGACCUGCAUAGGAUUUCGUAUUUUAAGACUGUCGCUAACAAUCGUGGCUUUUUGGCUCUGAUGGUGGACAGAGCGCAGGAUGAAACAUUCAAGGAGGCCCUGAUAGUGUACAUGUGUAUUCUGUCCCACAGACCCCCUGGGGCCAGACAGGAGGACACGGGCUACUACCAGAUGGUCAUCGCUGAACUAGGUGGAGCAACUGAAGAUGUGAUAAACAAAUGGGCAGAAGACUGGGUUUCCAAGGUUACAGGGGUUCGAGUAGAGUUUGAUUCAUCUGAAGCUGUGCAGCUCCUGAGAAAUCUGGGAAUUCUUAGAGAACACAAAGAUAAACUCUCUGUUUUACCACUAGAUGCAGCCAUUAAAAAUCUUCCACGGCAGCCAUUUUCUGUCAUUGUACGAGCCAAUGAGGUGGCUCUAAAUGAAGGAUUGGACAGGGAUGAAUUUUUGGAAUCACAAAAACAGUACAAACAAGAGGAUUUAAGGUCCAAAAAGUAUGGCUGGUUUUCUCGUUUCUUAUAAUGCCCUUACUCAGUGGAAGAAAUAACUACACUGCGUCUGUAUGAUACAGUGUACCUUAAAUUCCCAAUUAAUCUUAGUCAAGUAUGUGUAAAAAAACAAGGUUAUUACUAAAUAUUUAAGAGAUAUGUAUUGUUUUACAUAAGAAAACUUAAAUUAUUGAUGCAAUUAAAAAGCAAAAAACAAAGACAUAAUAAUGAUCCUUUUUGUAUGUGCUGACUUGUGAAACAUUUGACUAGGGUGAUAAAAUCAGACAUUUAAGUUGACAUAUCAGUACCAACCAUGAGAGAAUGAAAGGGGUUGAUAAGAAAUACAGUAUUAUUACAUCUACCUGCAUUGUGACAUUGGCAGAUAUACCUGAAUGAUGCUGAAUAUUAUAAACUGGUGAUGCAGAAAAUAUGGUAGAUUGAAGCAUUCAUUUUCGAACAAAUUUUCAUGCAGAUCUAAGUCCUAACCAUUACAACUGUGAUAAAAAAAACUUUUACAAUGGAAUUAGUGUAUCUGUAGAUACAAGUAAUAAUUUCUUUAAUCCAAUUAUUGGAUGAAGUGAUAUGCAUGCAUGUAAGUGUAAAUACAAAAGAUUCUUAUAAAUUUCAUUAUCCUGGUAUACAACUCCGCUAUCAUAUGAAUAUUUUCUGUAAUUCCUGGUGUGUAAAGGCAUGUACAUUCAAGAUUCAAUAACAACUGUUAUCAGAUUUUUCACUCUGAAAACAGAUCAUAUCUCAUUAUGUGUAAUAAAAGCAGUACUUUACAUUGUCUUGGCUAUCCUCAGCUGAAAUAUGAGAUCACUAGACCAAGUCUACAUCUAAACACAACUCUUCAUUUAUGAGACCUUCUUAAGAUUGUGAUAAUUAUCACAACAUAUCCUCAAACUGCUUAACCAUUAUAAACUGACAAGGGCAUGUAGGAUUCAUGUAUUUACAAAGUGUAAAACUGAUGAAAAAACUUGAAGUUGGAAUUCUACUCCAACCUACCAAUACGUUGUACAUGUGUACCACAAAUGCAUGUUAGUGUGUGAUUAUGAUAAGAAAUAAAGUGGCUGUAGAAGUUUACAUGUGCUGAAUUUUAUGAUUGGUGCAUUUUGUUAUGAUUUAAUUAUUAUAAAUAAAAGCUUGUUGGGAUCUGCUAUUGAUUGUAAUGAAUUGUAAUAUUUGCCAUUUUGUUUAUCUUUAUAAUGUUAUACUGUGAUUAAAUGAAGUACUUUCAAA